CUGACCAUGGGGAGAGCUGAUCAGAGGAAACCAUGAGGCGGACGGACACGUCUGAGGCCGGGCUUUCUCCAGUGCCAGGGAUGCUGCUACUGGUGGCCCUUAUCUGGGAGGGGUGUCUGUGCCAGAUUACAAGAUAUGAGGUCCAGAGGCAGCCGACGGUGAUUGUGCAGGAAGGGAUGUGUGCCCGGGUACCCUGCAACAUCUCCUCCCAUCUGGAACACAUCCCCAAAGUCUCCCCAGGGCAUGGCUACUGGUUUAGGAAAAGGAUGCAUAAAAAAUAUGACGAUCUUGUGGCCACAAAUGACCCAAAUCGGGAGGUAGAAGAAGAAGUCUGGGGCCGAUUCCGCCUUCUAGGGAGUCCUGGGAUGGCCAACUGCUCCCUGAGCAUCACAGACGCCAAGAAGGCUGACAGUGGGCAAUAUUACUUCUGGAUGGAGAGAGAGGGACAAAUGAACUAUACUCAUGUGAAACUUGUGCUUUAUGUGAAUGUGACAGACUUGAUCCAGAAACCAGACAUCUCUAUUCCGGAGAUGCUAGAGUCAGGGAACCCAGUGACUGUGAAAUGCACAUUUCCUUGGACUUGUGGGGAAAACAGGCCCUUCAAAUUCUCCUGGAAGGGGGCUGCCCUCUCCUCCAGGCCACAAAGCUCUGGGGCAUCCCACUCCUCAGAGGUCUCCUUCAUCCCUGGGCACCAGCAUCAUGACACCAACCUCACCUGUAAGGUGACCCUUCCUGAAGGCCGUGUGAGCACAGAGAGAACAGUCCAACUCAAUGUGUCCUUUUUUGUGCCAGGAAACAGCUCAGCUCUUGUGGUGCAGGAGGGACGGUCCCUUCACCUGCUCUGUGCUGCCAACAGCAAUCCCCCAGCCACACUGAGCUGGCUCCUGGGGGACCAAACCCUGGCCUCUUCCCAGCCCUCAGAGGAUGGGGUCCUGCACCUGGAUCUCCCACACCUGGGGCCAGCAGAUGGAGGGAAUUACACCUGCCUGGCUGAGCAUGCUCUGGGCUCCAAGCAGGCCUCCCUGAGUGUCUCUGUGCAGUACUCCCCAAGGAUGCUCAGCUCUUCUUGCUCCUGGGUCAAGGAGGGCUUGCUCUGUACCUGUUCUGCCCAAGCAGAGCCAGCCCCCUCCUUGCAUUGGUGGGUAGGGGGUAAGCCUGUGGAGAGCAAUGGUAGCAGCGACACCUUCCAGGUGAUAUCAAACAGGUCUGGGCCCUGGGCCAGCAGCAUCCUGAGUGUGAAGGUGGGCAGGGUCCCCAACAUCAAUAUCAGCUGUGAGGGGAAGAACUCACAAGGGAGCCACACCUUCCUGUUCCAGCUAGUGCCAGAUGGGCCCAUGCCUUCUCAUGUAUUCCAGAAAGGUAUGAUUCUGGGUGUCCUCUGCGGAGCUGGUACAGCAAGUCUGGUAGCCCUCUUCCUCCUCCUUCUAUUGAAAAGACCAAACAUGGAUUCACAGAGGAGAUGUGACUUGCUCAAGGUCACACUUAUGACCUGGUAUGUAGUCAAGUCAUGAAUAAAAACUGCCUAGGACCCUGAUUCCAGAUCCAGUGGAGCUUCCAGAAGCAAAUGUGGAAGCUGGUGGCCCAGUGGAUAGAGCGCUGGGCCAGGAGUCAUGCAGAUCUGAGUUCAAAUCCUGCCUCAGACACUUGGAAGCUGUGUGAACCUGGGCAAGUCACUUAAAUUGUUUGCCUCAGUUUCCUCAUCUGCAUAAUGGGCAUAAUAAGAGCACCUAACUCAUAGGGCACUAUUUAAAUGUUGGUGUUAUUAUAAUUAAAUGGGAUCUUCUCUACAAAGU